AUGAAGCAGGCCUUGCCGAUUUCCAUAUCCCUGGACAAGUUGCCCAGCGACCUGCUCGGCAACAUAGCUGCACUUCUGCCGCUGGACGGCGGCAAGGUGUUCAAGGCAUGCAGCCACGCCAGCAUGGCAUCUAUGCGUAGGGUUCACUUCAGUCCUGCGGGCAUCGCAGCCUUCGCCCGCGCGCACGCCCCUGGCAGCGGGCCAGGAACCUCCCCAACAGCACAGCAGCUCGUGCGUUUCGUGUGCAGGGCGAAGCAGAACGGCCUGCCGAUUGUGACAAGGUACUCCGAGGAGACGCGUUUGAAGUGGCUGGGAGGUAGUACGCCGGCGCAAGUGCGUGCGGAGGCCGUACUUCUGCUGCUGCAGGCGGGCGAGGACGAGAAGCUGCAGGCAGGCGAGAACCACACCGAGGUCCAGUAUUAUGCGCUGCUGGAUCUGUUGACCGACGGUGCGUCGGUUGCGGCGGCAGAGCUGCUUCGUUUGCUCCCAGACGAUGAAGAGCUCGGGGCCCUCGCAUGGAUCGCCAUCUUCUGGACGGGGGCGAUUGGCUACAAGCAGCUGCCGCCCAAACCGGACUCUGCGGCAUACCAGGCAUACCACGACAACCUGGCACGCGUGGCAGGCGUUGCCGCCAAGUGUGGUCUAGUACGUCUGCUACCGGACGACAAGAUGGCGGCCCUCGGGCUACGUAAGAUGUACACGCUACUCGAGACAACCUUGUGUGAGGAUGUCAUUGUGUAUGAGAUUGACUGCGACGCCCGCACCGCUGGCUUCUGUGCACUGCUUCUUCACGGCUGCGGGGCAGCGCCUGGUGCUGCGGCAGCAACGAUUCGCGUCAGCAACCGCAGCGACUCGCUGCUGCUGGCGCUGGCGGGUACGGCGUGGGCACGCCCGGGCGCUGUCGUUGAUGCGCAGCUGCGCGGCCUGGUGCAGGAAGCGUUCAGGGAAGAAAGGCGCCUGCCCGCAGUGGGAGCCCCGGCAGCGCCGCUUCACCUGGGGGUCGGGGUCAACAACUGCGACAUUACAGUUCUGUCGCUCAUUGUGCUGCACGCCCCAGCACAUUGA